AUGUCUACGAGUGAUCAGACAUUGACCGAUCCUUUGGCUGUUGGUCCACACGGCCAGACCUACAUGCACUAUGCAGCAGAAGCAGGACAUGUCACGAUACUAAGAUUGUUAACUACGACACGCAGUAGUGGUUGCAAGUUGAAUGUCAAUGCAUUGGACAAUGAUGGAUUGACUCCAUUACAUUGGGCAUGUCUAGAAGGCAAGCAUCUGGCGGUUCAAUACCUGUUGGAGAGUGCUGGGGCCACUGUCAACCCACCCGACAACAACGGUGAGACUCCACUCUACUUGGCCUGUCUCAAAGGGUCACUACCAUGUGUCAAUCAACUCAUCAAACACAGUGCAUCAAUCAAUCAACAGACCAAGUCAGGCAACACUUCAUUACACAUCGCUAUCAUCAAUAACAACUUGGAGUGCAUCGAACGCCUGUUACAAUGUGAAGCCGACAUCAAUUUGAAGAACAACGCUGGCAAGACACCUAUGAUGGUGGUGGCAGAGGAGUCCAAGCCCAGACUCAGACACAGACUCCUCAACAGACAAGACAACAACAACUGGAUUAUGAACAAUGUGUGA